GCAGUUCAAUGUUGCAGUACAUAUAUUCAACAUCAACAGUUUCGACAAGACCAUCUUGCCGCUCUGAUGUCGUUGUUUCUCGAUAGAAAUUAAAAAUGGCAGUCAAGUUUGCCAUUGCAACUUUUGCGUUGGCCUUUUGUUGUGCGGCUGAACCGGUAAAAGGCGAAGAUUUUUAUCUCAAACGAGAGACACCUAGUGGAAGCUGUUUUGGUUUUGAGCUGCUGAUUACCCAACUAGAAAUUCUCGAACAGAAGUUAGGAAAAUUAGAUAAUCUUGAACAGAAGUUGACAAAAUUAGAUAUUCUUGAACAGAAGUUAUCAAAACUAGAUACUGUGGAACAGAAGUUGUCCAAAGUCGACCAUACAUUGGAGAAACAAGUGAAAAAUGUAUUCCAGUCAUGUUCGGAAGUACAAUCCAAAAUUUCGGGGAAAUAUAGACUUCGACCCGAUUCCAACAAGCAAUCGUUUGUAGGUUUUUGUGAGCAGGAAAAAUUUGGUGGUGGAUGGCUCGUAAUCCAGCAUCGUUUCGAUGGAUCGGUUGAUUUCUACCGCAACUGGACGGACUAUAAGAAUGGGUUUGGAGAAAUUGGUGGAGAGUUCUGGAUAGGGCUCGAAAGGCUGCACAAGUUGACAAAGGAUAAAAAUGUGACUCUGAUGGUGGAAAUCGAAGACUUUGAUGGCAAUUAUGGUUAUGCUAGAUAUGAUGAAUUUGAAAUUGGUGAUGAAGAUGCAAAGUAUGUGCUCAAACGAAUAAGCGGGUAUUCAGGGACUAUAGGAGAUUCGAUGAUGUCUACAGACAAGGGAUGCAUGUUUACAACGCGUGAUAGUGAUAAUGACAGAUACAGUAGUAGAAAUUGUGCAGAAAUAUCAAACGGAGCUUGGUGGUAUAAUUUUUGUAGCCGAACUAAUCCAAACGGGCCAUACCACAAGAAAGAAGAAUGGCAGAAACUUCACUGGGAUACCCACAGACGCGGAGUUCAGUUAAAGUUCUUCAGAAUGAUGAUCAAAUAAACUCAAUUUUUACAUAAAUAGUGCACGGCUAUGUUUGUUUGUUUGUUUGUUUAUUGUCCAGUAGCGUAAGAUACAAAUCUUUUAAAAUACUACCUCCGGCUGGUAAAAUAUCAUUUUCUGAGAUUUUAAACUUUACUUAUUCUACUUAAUAACUAUCUAACUAUCACGGUUCCAAAAGUUUAUGCAGCCACUCUUGAAAUUUGCUUCCGACGAUGAACGCUUCAAUGCGGGAGGUAACGUGUUCCAGUUUACCACACCCCGAACGAACAGUGAGUUUGAAUAACUCUCCGUGUUGUUAGCUGGAAUCACCAAAUUCUGUAACUGGCGACGUCGUGUUCGGACAAUCUUUUGAUAUAACGAGGCGGGAGUUUGUGUUGUUAGCAGAUUUCUCAGGAAAAUACAGGAGCGAUAUGCGUAGAAACCUCGUAAACUACAUCCGAUAAGGUUCUUUUGCAAAUGGCUAACGUGGUCAUACCGGCUCAACCCAUAUACAUGUAGCAGCAUUACAUCGCCACUACAACUCUUGUCGCAUCUUCCUUGCUACAUCUUUGAUGCAACAAUACGAUAUGCUCACACGACACUGCAACGACCCGAACACGAAAAGUAUUCAGUUGAAUACGAAUUGAAUUCAAAACCUUUUCAACUAUUCAAACUAUUGAGCUUAUGGCAUGCAUUGUGUAAUGAGGAUAUAUAAGCG